CCCAUCCGGCUGGCAGAGGGAGCCCUCCUGGGCUUCCACAGCCGCGUCUUUGCAGCCUGCCAGGCUGCAGGAUCACUCCAGACGGAGCUGGUUUUGCUUCCACAAGCCGAUCUGAGAUGAGGCAGAGGCACUGCCUGCGUGCCAAGCUGCCUGGCCUUGCCGCACAGAGCUUUGGGACAAAGGACCGAACAGGCGGACCUGCGCCCGGUAAAGCAGCUGCUGGGGGUGAGCCCUGCACAGUAUUCCUGCCCACUGCUCAAAUUGUUGCCACAGACAUGAAGAGGACCAGCGUCCCGGUACGGUAACUGUGCAGGUCGGCUUGUGUUCUGGACCAUGGACUCACUGAGACACCCUGAGUUGGUGUGAAGAUGUCGAGUGGUAACAGGCAGCUCGUGGUGGACUUUAUUUCCUACAAGCUGUCACAGAGGGGCUACAGCUGGAGUCAGAUCGAGGGUGACAGCGAGAACAGGACUGAGCUGGCCGAUGACACGGGGAGUGUCCUCAACGGGAGCCCGUCUUGGCACCCCAGCAAUGGGGCUACCGGGCACCCCAGCAUCCUUGAAGAGCAUGAGAACAGCCCAAGGUUGGACGUGAGGCAGACACUAAGGGAGGCAGGGGAUGAGUUUGAACUGAGGUACCGAAGGGCUUUCAGCGACCUGACCUCCCAACUCCACAUCACUCCUGGCACAGCGUACCAGAGCUUUGAGCAGGUGGUGAAUGAACUCUUCCGGGAUGGGGUGAACUGGGGGCGGGUUGUGGCUUUUUUCUCCUUCGGAGGAGCUCUGUGUGUGGAAAGUGUUGACAAGGAGAUGCAAGCCUUGGUGGGACGGAUCACCAGCUGGAUGGCCACUUACCUGACUGACCACCUGGACCCGUGGAUCCAAGAUAAUGGCGGCUGGGAUCGGUUUGUGGACCUGUAUGGGAACGAUGCAGCCGCCAAGAGCAGGAAGGGCCAGGAACGCUUCAACAAGUGGCUGCUGACGGGGGCCACCGUGGCUGGCGUCGUCCUCCUGGGCUCCUUGCUGAGCCGCAAGUAGCCAGGCACUGACUCUCUGCCCACCUCGGCCACCGAGAAACACGCUGCGUCCUGCUUCUCAGCCUUGUGAUCAUUCCGGGGGGUGGGGGGGGUGGGGGCUGGAGGCCUCUGCACUGCAGAGCCCCACUCUGACCCCAGGGCUCAUUCCCCCACCCCCACCCACCCGACAACUCACAGACCUCUUUCUGGUGCCUCCUACCCACCCCACAGACACCUCUGGCCCGAGGGCCCUGUUGCCGGCCUGGGGACUCCCCCCCCCCCCGCCGGACCCUGGGCUGCUGUGCCUCCAGCCCCUGCACCCCACUGCUCCCCAGGAGCGGGGAUUCCUUGCGCAUCUUAAUCACUAUUACUCACAGUCCUGGUGUUAGUUUGAUUGUAUCUGCUCAAGCCCGGAAGGAGGCAGGCCUGUUCUUGCCGGGAGCUGGCAAGGGGAGGGCUGGCUGCCAGACAGACAGACAGACAGCGGGAGGCCUCCCCAGCUGGGCACGCAGUCUCCUGAGCGCCAGGCCUUUGGUGGUGCAUAGAGGCUUGCUGGGAGCAGACCCCACCGGGAUCUCCAAGGCUCAGCAGUCCACCGGGGGGGGACCCCCUUCCCUCCCCAGAGAGGACUCUGCAGCCCAGGGAUUGCAGGGCCCCAAGGGCCCUGUUUGGGAGAACGCCCUCCUUCCUGUGGGCCGGAGCUUGUCUGGGCGGGAGGCAGGAUGAGGCCGGCUGGACGCAGUGAAGGGAAUGGGGCUGGGGAGUGGAAGGGAGACAGUCCAGCAUCGUCGGAUCCCGUGUGAAGUGCUGCUUUCCCCGCCCAGGAGCAGUGGCUAGCUGUGUCCCCAGAGGGAUCCAGACCCUGCCCCGGCCUCCUUUCCAGGGCAGCCCUCUGCCCUCCUCCUGACUGUUGCCUUUGACUAGGACGCGCGAGGCCUGGCCCAGAGGCUGUCCUCCGGAUCCUCCUCUCUUGGAAGCAGGGCUUGGGGCAGUGGGCUCUGGCCCCCUUCCCUCCGCAGGAGGUGGGCAGGCCUGCCCAGCCCUCUGCCUCCUCCCCGCCCCUGCUUGGACACUGGCCCCCUUUCCUGCAGUGCCCGAGGGCGCCAGGCCUUCCCGUCCCAGCCAGCACAUGUCUUGAUGUCCCCGGUGCAUGAUGACCAUCCUCCCUGGCGGGUCCCUGCAUUGGUGUGCACUUGGGCAGUCCCACCAAGAGCUCUGGGGCGCAGCACCACCAGGAGGAGUGGGGCCAGGGACAGAGGUGUGCCCCGAGGUGCCCGGGGAGGUGGUGGGGGGGCUGGGCUGCCAGGCUGUCGCCUGGUGCAGUGCUCGGCUUUGCUGCCCUUCCGCCCCUCUUGGAAAAGGUGCCUUGAGUCCCGCCUCCUCCUCUUCAGCAGGAAACCAUCCCAGGUUGUGCAUCUGGGUCCCCCAGAGAGGAGGAGGAGGAGGAGGAGGUCAGGCCUGUGUUGGCCGCAGAGAGAGAGAGAGAGAGCGAGCAGGGGAGGGGCGGGGGAGCCUGGAGAGGGGGAGCCCCUUCUCCGGAGGAGCAGCCUCUGGAAGGAAGGUGUUUACGAGUGGCAGCUAAUUGCUAGCCUGGCUCUCCCGGGAGCCUCCCUGGCGGCUGCCCAAGGCACUUCCAGUAAGAGUGAGAAUCAACAGCAUGUGCUGGGCCAGGCAGGGUGGGGAUUCGGUGGAAAGAGGUGGAGUGGGUGGGUGGGUGCGUGCCUACGUGUGUGUGUGUGUGUGUGUGUGUGUGUGUGUGUGUGUGUGUGUGUGUGUGUUCACAUGCACGCACUUGCCCAAGGCUCUAGGGAGGAAGGGGGUGGCAGCACUGGCUUCCUCCCCACACGCACACACACACAGACCUUAGCUUCAGUGUGUGGGUUGCUGCUGCCCUUUCUUUCCUUCUUGUGACCAGUGAGAUCAGUGGAGAAAUCCAUGGCCGAGGAGGGGGAGACGGCAGCCUCUGCACUGGAGUGGAGCGAAACCGUAGCAGGCCUCCUGGGAGGGGAGGAGGCGGAAGGGAGAUGUCCAGAUGUUGGGCAGACCCAGACCCAAGGCCGGGCCUGGCCUGAUGGCGCCCCCUCCCUGCUUGGGAAUUGCCAGCCUGCCUCGUGGCCACCAUGGAGCUGUAGCUUGGCCCAGGAGGAGGCCUGGGGGGGGGCUGGGGGGGGGCGUUCCAAGGUGGUGGUUCUCGGGGGCGGUUUCUGCAGAGCCCUCAGCUGCUGGGCCCAGAGCAGCUCUUCUUGGGAGAGCGGGGAGACGAGGCGUUCCCUGUGGGGUGAUCACUGACCCGCUGGUGUCUCUCUUGGUCUCUGCAGCAGCCAAGGGGAUGGGGGCUCUCUUGUGGGGCGGGCCCAGCAUUUUUGGAAAGAGGGGUGCUGCGGAGGCCAGGCUCUGCUCACCUUCCCACCUCCCUCUUACGGCGGCUCUCCAGGCCUGCCCUUUCCACGCACAAGGGGUGUGCCUCUGGCUCCACAUUCCCCACCCAGGGUGGCUCAUGCCCAGCAGGUGAUGCUGCUUCAAGCCCCUCGGGUGGCUUCUUCUGUAACCUCAGACAGGCCCCCCUCCACUCCCUGCCCCACUGAAAAGCCAGCCCCCCCUUGCGGCCUGCCUGCCCCCUUCCUUUUCCCUCCUCCUGCCUCCCUGUACAGGCUCGGCUGUAUAUAUUGGAGAGUAGUUUUUAUUCAGUUGUGAAUACAAUAAUACUAUUUUUGUUAACUGUAUGUCUGUAUUUAUGUGUGUUGGCUGUGCUCCCUGCCCAGGUCUCCUUAUUUCCGUGGACCAGCCCCAGCACCUGAUGAGACUGGAACAUGGCGGGGGCCAGAGAGGGAGAGCCAGGCUGCCCCCCCACCCCACCCGCCACCUCCCACUGGGAGCCCGGCUUGCCCUCUCUGUCCCCGUGGUUUCAAGUGUGGAGGUUGAACAUGCAAUGCACCCACCCCUCCGUUUGUGUUCAGGCCCCCCCCCCCCACACACACCCCUCUUAUUAGAGAAACGUUUGAUUUGAAAGUGACAGUUCAGUUCUUCUAAUAAAACUGUGGUGUUCCAGUU